AUGACUCAAACGUUUGAAGCAGAACCUGGCUAUAUGGAUAACAAACGUUUAAUUGGUGGUAAACCAGCAACAAUUAAUACUUUUCCAUUUCAAGUACAAGUGGAAAUUGAUGGAAAACUAGUUUGUGCAGGAGUAAUUGUUAGUGACAGAAUUAUAUUAAGUGCUGCACAUUCUUUUAAAGAUGGCGUUUUAAAUGAAAGUACCGUAUUUGUUCGUGCUGGCACUUCCAAACGUGGUGGAUGUGAUGGCGUUUUAAUGGAAGUUGAAAAAGUGGAAAAUCAUGAAAAAUUUGGGCAUAGUAUUAAUCCUUUUGAUUACGAUAUUUCAAUUUUAUGGCUGAAAAAACCUUUAAAUUUUAAAAAAUCAAUACAUUCAAUACCAAUAGCAAGGCAUAUUACAAAUACAUCCAUUGAUCUGUUUAAAACGUUUUACGUAGCUGGUUGGGGUGUAGAAAAAGAAGGUUCACGUAAUUAUACUGAUGUUUUAAAAUUCAUUGAAAUACAUUUGGUAAAUUGGACUGUAUGCAAUGAAAUGUAUGAGGGUAUUCUUACAGAACGGAUGAUAUGUGCGGGAAACUUAAAAGUUGAUGCAUGUCAAGGCGAUUCUGGAGGUGGAUUAGUGCAUAACAACAUUUUGUAUGGUAUUGUUUCUUGGGGUUUGGGCUGUGGACGAUUUCCUGGUUUAUACACAGAUAUAAUCAAAUUUCGAGACUGGAUAAAUGAAAGAACUGGUAUACUUGGUGAAGACAGACUUGAAACUUGACAAAUUAGAGAAAUUAUCGUCUUUUUACUUACUCUUUGUAUAUUCGAGUCUGUCACACUUUGCAUCUUACUUAUCCAAAAGCAAAGA